AGAGAGAGAGAAGAGGCAGGUCGGAGCCAGCAGCAGUACCAAACCAGCCAGCCACCACAGCCAAGUAUGAUAGUGUGGGCGGCAGCCAGUGUGUUGUGGGCGGCUCUUCCCAUAGUGAUGGGGGCGGCUGUGCCCGCCCAGACAGCAGCUGUCUCAACGAAGAGCAGCGAUGCAGAGUUUGAGUGGAAGCACCACAGCAACGAGGAGCUGGAGGGGGUGCUGCGAGCCGUGGCCAGGAGGUGUCAAGACGCUGCUCAAGUCUACGCCCUCAGCAAGCCCUCCGUCAGGAACGUACCGCUCUGGGCCAUAGAGCUCUCAGACAAUCCUGGCCAACAUGAAUUAUUGGAGCCUGAAUUCAAGUAUGUGGCUAAUAUGCACGGCAAUGAGGUGUUGGGAAGAGAGUUGCUUCUGGGUUUGGCUCACUACCUGUGCGAGGCCUGGCGAGCAGGCGAUCCUGACAUCCGCAGCCUCCUCUCCACAACUAGGAUCCACCUUCUUCCCUCCCUGAACCCCGACGGAUGGCAACUGGCAACUGACACCGGUGCGCGGGACUACCUCAAGGGCAGGGCCAAUAACAACAGUGUGGAUCUCAACCGAGACUUCCCAGACCUGGACCGCAUUAUGUACAGUAAUGAAGCCAGACACAUAAUGCACAACAACCACCUCAUGGACCAACUCCGCGACCUCGACCAUCAGCCUCAGCCCGAGACAUGGGCGGCCAUGAAAUGGAUCAUGAGCACGCCUUUCGUACUCUCUGCCAAUCUGCACGGCGGUGACCUAGUGGCCAACUAUCCCUACGACGCCUCCCGCUCUGGGGCCGCCCAGGAGUACGCCCAUAGCCCCGAUGACAGCACUUUCAGACACCUGGCGCAGGUGUACGCCAGCCGCCACCCCAGGAUGUCCGACCCCCACCGGCCUCCCUGCACCUCGGGAGACUACUCCUUCGGCCCCGACGGUGGCGUCACCAACGGCGCCGCCUGGUACAGCGUCCGCGGAGGUAUGCAGGACUUCAACUACCUGUCUUCGAACGACCUGGAGGUGACGCUGGAGGUUGGGUGCGACAAGUACCCUGCAGCCUCAUCCCUCCAGCAGGAGUGGCUUGACAACAAGGACGCUCUUUUAGAGUAUAUGUGGCAGGUACACAUAGGCGUGAAGGGUGUGGUGCGUGACUCUGUAACGGGUCAGGGCAUCCCCAACGCCCUCAUCCACGUCAAGAACAUCACCCGCAUCAACGACACUCACGUCAGGAACGAGGACCUCAACCACGACGUCACUUCAGUACACGACGGAGAUUACUGGCGACUGCUGGUGCCCGGAGAGUACGAGAUCACAGCCACCGCUGACGGCUACCUGCCCCUCACCCACGUUGUCACCGUCACCAACCCACCACACCGAGAGGCCAUCACCAGGGACUUCGACCUCACCGCCGCCCCCAACGACUCCAAGCUCCUGCAGGUGACUGGUGAAGACGAGGGGGGAGAGGUAUACGACACCUAUCCCAGAGGUCAGGAGCCUAGCCCAGACGAGCUGGAGCUGCCCUUAGAGGACGACAUCUUGGGGCGCCUCCGUAUGUUGGGUCGCUUACGAUACUAACUUCUGCCUCCCAUACCUCAGCCACUGUCUUCAUGUUCUGCAACCUUGAUUAUCAUCUAAUUCCAGAUUAAUUUGAUCAUGUUUGGUAGAGAAACGCUGUAUCUACGUUAACUGAUUACGUUGCUUCUAGUUUCCAAAUAACAUUUCAGGAAACACUGGUUAUGUUUCCGCGUGAAAGAUCACCUAAACAUCAGAUAUUUGCAUCAAAGACUAAUGUUAAACAGCAAUUAAUAUUUCUAGGUGCCACCGUGACCAAGGAAACCAACAAAAUAAGCGUGAUAAGGUAUGGCACGCCAAGACAUAUCAGACAAGACAAUGGAAAACUACGAAUAUUAGGCAAAUGCAAACAUGUGCCAAUUGUGCGACAAAAUUCAUUACCUCGAGCAGCAAACCGCCCCGUCAAACCACCUGGGGCCAGAUUCACGAAAGUACUUACGCAAGCACUUAAGAACCUGUACAUCUUUUCUCAAUCUUUAGCGGCUUUGUUUACAAUUAUUA